AUGAACACCGAAUUUCUACCUAAAAUGAUUGAUGCACCUCUUGAUUUGGUUUGCUAAGCGCAUAAAAAUAAACCAGAAAAGGUUAUAAUGGAUCAAAAUACAAACCUUAAUUCGAGAUUAGCCUGCAAUAUGUGUGAGUUAGAAUAACAAAAUGCUAAUGUUGAGGAUUAUUAAGCAGUAGUUGAAGCUUUGCAAAACGAAAAGAUAAAGAGAUGUGAAAACAGAAAUAAAUUGUUGGUUGAAAGUUUAGAAUAGGCAGAAAACUUAGAAAAGAAUGUUGAUAGUGUUAUGGAAAAAAUAAAUGAUUAUUUUGAAUCAAUUAAAAACAAUGUGAAGAAAUUAACAGCUUCUUUAAAAGAUUAAAAAAAAUAAAACUUAGAGUACAGUUUCUUUGAAGAACUGGAAAUCUAUAUUAAAAAAAAAGAUUAAUCAACAGAGGAAAACGAUAUUGUAAAGAAAAUCAGAUAACAAAUAAUCAAUUCAUUUGGAAAUUUGAAAAGAAAAUUGGAAACAUUUCCUUCAAACCUAGAGAAAAUGUCAGAAAAUGUCUUAAAGAAAACUCAAGAAUUUUAUAGAAGGAAUUAUGAGGAAAUAAAUAAACCUUUAAAUUUAGAGUUGAGUGACACUUAAAAACAAAGAGAUCCUUGCUAUGCUUUAACCUUUUCUUAAGAAUUGCUUUUUACUGGAUGUGGAAAACAAAUUAAAGUUUGGAUCUUCAAUUAGGGAAAAAUGUAAGAGCAUACAAAACUUAAUGGCCAUGCAUUAUCUGUAACACGAAUUGUGACUAGUAACAAAGUUAAGAACAGUUUUAUAUCUGCAGCAGAAUGCGGAUCCCUAAUAAUUUGGAAGUAAAAGAAUGAAAAGGAAUGGGAAUCCUUAAAAAAACCAUCAUAUUGGACUAAUUGCAUAGUUUUAAAUAAAGAGGAAACAGAAUUGAUUUUAGCUGGUGCUAAUUGCGAAAUUGAUUUUUGGAGUGUGGAUUUCAAUAAAAAUUAAAUAACCUAUAAUUAUUCAUUGGAGAACAAUCAUUAAAAUACAAUAUUUGAUGUAACCUUAAAUUCAAAANAAGAUAAAAGCCACAUCAUAUACUCUAAUAAUAUGGAUAUUAAAUAUUUAUCAAUAUAUUAUAAAUAACAAUAUUAUUAAAUUAUGAUCUGA